AUGGAUCUGAAAAGCUUCAUUUCAACUGCAAAAAUUUGGCGGACAGCGCCAGCGCGAAAGCCGCCGUUCUCGGCUCUUGAUAUCCUUGCAGAUGAUGAUGGCAAAGAGUUAAGCUCUGACCCGGUCGACUGGAACUCUAUCAUGAUAUAUGGCUCGGAGGCAGGUGGCAAAGAAGAUGGGAACGGAGGUCGCGAGGUGGUAAUGACCAAGAAGGAUGGCACGACAUUUGGCUACAACACCGUUCCAAGCCAAAAGGACAUUGAUGCUGUGCAUACCAUUUACCAGGACUCACUUCCAGUGCUUAAGAAGAAGUCAAGCACUCUUUUCUGGAAAAAAGCUAGCCUAUCCAGCUCAGCUUCAAGCCCGAAAGCGACCACCUCUCACCAAGGAACAUCUGCAAUUUCAAAUUCUACAAUCACUAGGAUUUCUACCUCCGCGACACCUUAUUCGACUCUUCCAUACAACACCACCACCAAUCCUGUUACCAUCACGGACUCCACCUGGCCACCAUCCCAGACUCAGACUGGUCAGCCUAGUGCCUGCAACAAUUGGUAUCAAGCAAAGCAGAGUGACACUUGCAAAAGCAUCGUGUUCAAGUAUUCCACGUGGAUGUACCAAAAUGACUUCACAGCGGCCUGGUACCCGCCGUGGACAUACAGUGUGCCGGUGGCCACAAAUACCGAGUUCUCUGCUAGCCCUGUUCAGAGUGGCAUUGCCACUGCUUGUCAAGAUUACUAUAUUGCCGAUGAGACGGAUACAUGCGAGAGCAUUGUUGAUUCAGAAGGCUUUUUGACCGAAGAUCAAUUCGUUGAAUGGAAUCCAGCUGUCGGUACAGACUGUUCCGACAUCAAGUUUAGAUAUUAUUAUUGUAUUUGGAACGGGACUUCAAACCCUAUGCCAUCAACAACUACCGCUGAGCCAUCCCCCGUGCAAACAGGGAUCACCUCUAGCUGUAAAGCGUGGUACAAAGCCAGCGACGGCGAUGACUGUGAUCUGAUCCCGGAACAGUUUGGAACCUUCUCAAAAUCUGACUUCCUGGAAUGGAACCCGGCUGUCAAAUCCGAUUGCUCCGGCUUGGUUGACGGCGACUUCUAUUGCGUCGCUGUUCCAGACACCUCGAACUGCAUCGGCAACUGCUUUGCUAACUCUAACUACUCUAUCUGA